UGGCAGAACUUGGUCGCCAUUUCGAUAUCAAUAAAGUUUAUAAACCUACGUCGUUUGUUAUGAUUGAAGUUGUAAAAUAUUUCCAAAUAGUUUCAUUUCAUUAAAAAUAAAAAUAAAGCAAUAUGCAUUUUUCAAUCAUGGUAUGAAAUUCAGUAUUAGUCAUGUUGAAUUGCUCGCCAAUUAAGAGGAAACGGCGUACUGUAAUCAAUAAGAUGGAGAUAUUUGAAAAUGUUUUAUUAAAUGCUUCAGAAUUUAUAACAGGUCGGUUAUAUUUUGUAUCUCUGAAUACUCUAGUAGAGCCUAAGUCGACUCCUUCAGUACAUUACUUUAGUAUAGAUUGUGAAUUAACAUAUGACAGCUUCUACUUAGAUUUUGGACCACUUAAUCUGGCUAUGCUGUAUCACUACUGUGUUAAAUUGAGGCGGAAACUUAACAAUACUACAUUCCAAAAUAAAAAAAUUGUCCACUACACUGAUGCUGAUGGUGAACAAAGAGUUAAUGCUGCAUUCCUAAUAGGGGCUUAUUCAAUAAUAUACUUAAAUUUCACACCAGAAAAAGCUUAUGAAGUCUUAAACCAUGACUCAACCAAAGAGUACUUAAAGUUUAGAGAUGCUUCCAUUGGUGAGCCCUAUACAUUAAGUUUACUAGACUGUCUAAAAGCCAUAAAGAAAGCCUUAGAUUGUGGAUUCUUCAACUUCGAAAAUUUUGAUUUUUUGGAAUAUGAACAUUAUGAAAAAGUUGAAAAUGGAGACUUUAACUGGAUAGUUCCUAACAAGUUUAUUGCUUUCUGUGGACCCCAAGACAAAUCAGUUUCUAGUUUAGGAUACUUAAAUCAUCGGCCUGAAAGUUAUUUUGCUUAUUUCAGAAGACAUAAAGUGUCCACUAUUGUUAGGUUGAACAAAAAGGCCUACGAUUCCAAUAGGUUUGUACAAGCAGGGUUUGAUCACAAAGACUUAUAUUUUGUUGAUGGAGGCACCCCCAGUGAUAGAAUUCUCCAACAUUUCAUAAGCAUUUGUGAACAUUCUAAAGGAGCUGUUGCUGUCCACUGCAAAGCUGGUUUGGGACGCACUGGUUCUCUAAUCGGAUGUUACAUAAUGAAACACUAUAAAUUUACGGCAGAAGAAGCUAUAGCUUGGAUUAGAAUUUGCCGUCCAGGAUCAAUCAUUGGUCACCAACAAAGCUGGCUUCAAGAAAAACAAAAGCAAAUGUGGGAUGCUGGUGAAAUCUAUAGGAAAAAACAUGAUAUAUCAGCGCCUAUAAAGCAUCAAAAUGGCAUAUACAGUUUGUCUGAAGUUAAAAAAGAUAAAAACAAAGACAAUGUCACAGGAAUUGUUAAAAAAGUUGAUUGCAUGGAAAUUAAUGAUACUGAGGAAGAUUGUGCUGAAAAUAGAAUUACACAGGGCGAUAAACUCAACCAAAUUAAAGCACAAAGAUCUCGGACAAAACCACUUGUCACUACACAGACAGAGCGUGUUAGGAGGGUGACUGUUUCAACUACUCCUACAUCACAGACUGUUUUAAGAACUGGAAAAGUUAUAUCUAGUGUUCCGACGAAAACAACUGGCUCUGCGAGUAGUCGUGUGGUGUCUAAAAGAAUUGAAGCUCAGUCGCCGAAGCGAAUGACAUCUAGAAGAUUAACACCUUCACUGACAACAAGUACUCCCGAAUCGCAGAAGAUCGUAGAAAAACGGCAAGUUACGAAAAAACGAUUCGUUUACCAAAACGGAACACCGUUAAAAAGUGUAACUCCGGAAGAUAUUAGAGGCCAGAUCAAACGAGGAAAGAGAACUCUCACCAUGGAAAAGGAAAAGAAUACUAGGAAGGUUAAAGUACUUAGAAGGUCUCACUUGCUCACUCUGAGCUUUAAAGAAUGCGAUAAAACUCCUAUUAAGGUGAACAAAACUCUAUAAUUUUGUAUAUCACUUGAAUUGCUACUGAUGUCAAUAUCAGGUAAGUCUUUUGACAAAAAUGGGUGGUUCUAUAAGUUUGGCAGUGUUGGUAUCUUGUUUUUUUUAACAAGACUCCAAAUUUUUGUGUUAUUAAUUUCUAUAUUAUUUUCAAUUAUAUUAAAAAUUGUCUAAUAAAUACUAAGUUAAAGUUAACUUGUUGUGAUUAAUAUUCUUUAGAAUUAAUUUGGCUUAAAUCAAAGCUAUGCUAAGUAUUUUAUUUCAUACAUGGGGCAUUUAUUAAGAAAACAAGUAUUUGUUGGAAAAUUUUCCAAGAUUUCAAGUGAAAAUAGCAUGAAAGGUUAAUUAUAUAUUUUUUAAUAUCGGCUCUAAUUUAAAUGGCGUAUAUAUAGCUUAAAUUAGCUUGGGAUGAACCUUUCCCAAAAUUCAUGUACAGGUAUAUACAUUCUAUAUGUUUUAAAUACUUCUGCUUCAUUUUAAUUUUUCAAUUUUUUUUCUGGGCUUCUUUUCUGAUAAUAUUGUAGCAUUUGAUUGUGUUUUACCCUAUGUUCUUGGGUCAACCUGUGAUUCUCUUAUUUCUUCAAAUUUUAGUUGUGCUUUCACUUCUUUCAACUAUCUUUUCUCUGUCUUUCUGAUAAUAGGUGAGUGUUUGCCAUAGUUUGUAGAAUGCAUAUGGAUAAAAAAAAUGAAUAAUUUGCUCUCAAAAGAAGGAAUUCUGAGAUAUAUUUGUUACAGAAUGUUAGGUCAAUUGUAAAUUACAUUAAUUAUAUCAUGCAUAAUAGAUAGAUCUAACAUUAAUCUUCUUUUCUCCAAAUUGAUUUAGAUUAAGUAACUUUAAAUUUUCCAAAUAAUCAUACGUUCAGUAUAAAAGAACAGUACUUUACAAAUUACUUUUCUAUUUGAUUAAUUUAAAUUUUUUAUUGAGGAGUCCAAUCAAUGGCACAGUUCAUCGUUGUGCAAUUGGUAUUGACAAAGAGUCUUGGGGAUUCGUUUAUAAAAGCUUAUGGCUGAACAUUUAUUAGUAUUUAAAGAAAGCCCGUUUCUCUGACACCAAUUUACUAAAUUAUUUAAAUCUGAUUGUAAUAGCAUAUCAUUAUUUUUCGCUCGUUUUAAAAAUCAUCAGCGAACACAAGGCAAGAAAAGUAUUUAAUAAUAAAAAAAGGUCUCGGUACCAAAUUACAAUAAAGAAAAACGAAUAAUUAAAAUUUAUGCAAUAUAAAAUUAACACAAGAAUAAAACAUGAAUACAAACAAAUAGAAUUAAUGCAAAAAUAUAAAAAACAUAGAAAGUAAUGGUGAAAUGGAGAAAUCAGGAAAAUGAGUGGGAUAAUCUCAUCGCCUUCUACUGCGACCCAGAUGGAUCUGUACAAGUCACACCUUUUGAUGAAGGCCAUGGUCGAAUUGGGUGAGACUUGUUUAAAGUUGGUAGGCUCCAGUCUGCUAAAUCUGAAGAUUGGAACCCUGGGUCUUUCCAAAGCGAAGUAGGUGCAUAAAAUGUUCUGUCUUCAAUCCCGUGAAAAUGCGCAUAUCUUUCCUAUACCAUUCUCGGAUCUGAGCAGAGGCGUUCACGAAAGGGUUGGUUAUAAACGCUUUCGAAUGGGUUAACCCUGGGGUAUAUCUUUACUUCGUGAGUGUUGCACUCUCCGUCCAUUUUGAGAUAAUUCCAUUGGCAGUGCUCUUUGCAAUUCCCAGGAAUGGUUCUGUUCCUAUGAACUCAGAUUCGGUUCCUCUUUUAACAAGUGCGUCGGCAAUUUGACGGCGAACAACAUUUAAUAUUUCUUUAACUGAUGACACUGAAAAUUUAGCGAAACGUCAAUUUACAUAUCACUGUUGAGGUAUUUUUUGUUGUAUUACGUUCAACUCCCUCACCCCCAGGGCACCUACCCCUAAAAUUUGAAAUGGCAACUCCCACUUAUUUCGCUAUUUUUGACUUAAAAGAUUGAAUUAUAAAGGGAGAGUAGUUAAAACAAACAAUAUUACAAACACAUCUUUGGAAUAAACGUAUCUUAAAUACAUUAUAUUUUCUAUAGAAAAACAAUUUUGGUUUAAAAAAAUACUUUGUUUUUGGCAUACCAAAUUAGCAGGC